AUGUUCAGCAGCUACCUCGUCACUCUUCUGGCCGCAACCUCGACGGUUGUCAACGCCGCCGCCGUCCAGGGCACCUCCAAGGUCUUCACUGGUUUGGGAACCCGCUACGGUGACGCUGACGGCUGCACUGAGGAGGACUGCUGGCAGAACGGUGCUUGCAGCUUCGUUGGAUACGAUCUGCCUCCUGGCAUUGACGGUACCACUUGUGUUUCUGAUGAGAUCUGGAACAAUGGUGCCAACUGCGGUGGUUGCAUCCAGGUCGACUACAAGGGCAAGUCCCUCAAGAUCAUGGUCACCAACCGAACCGGAGGCGACAAGAACCAUCUCGACAUGACCCCCAAGACCUGGAACAAGCUCACCAACAACAUGAAGGCUGGUGGUGUCGACGGCAUCAAGUGGAAGUGGAUCGAGUGCCCUCUCCGCUCCGCCCCUCUCCAAGUCCACAUGCACGGCGGUGCCUCCAAGUACUGGUUCGCCACCACCAUCGAGAACAUGACCCACCGUGUCAAGUCCGUCGACGUCAGCAGCGACAACGGCAAGACUUGGAAGGCUUGCUACCUUGCUGACCCCAACAUGUGGAAGCUCAAGGGCACUCUGCCCAGCGACACUGCUUGGGUUCGUGUUACUAGCGUCAACGACAAGCAGGUUAUUGUUAAGAACGUUGCUCUUAAGAGUGGUCAGAUCACUAAGGGUACUUCCAACUUUUAA